AUGUCCGAAUCCGCCUCUUUGCAUGGAACCGGUCAACACCGCUCUCUGCGGGAUCGUAUCUUUGAGGUUUUUCGGACCUCGUCCCCAACCAGUUUCUCUGCUACUGCUGAGGCUAAUCCGCGGAAUCUCCCAACGUAUGUGGCAGGCGAACCUGGUCCGAGAACCCGCCUGCUGGACUCGUAUGAUGAUCGGGAGCCUCUAUGUGGACAAAGUACUUGCAGUCAUGGAACUUUCUCUCCAAGACCCGAGGAUCAUGGCGGCGAUGUACAAUGGGCUGGCGGGAGGGUAGAGAUUCCCGGGGAUUCUAGUGCGAGCUCAAGCCAUAUGCAUGGGCCCGACAACUUACCUUCGAUGGAGUCCUCAAUGACAGCAUCCCUUGUAAAGAAUCGCAAUGCAUUAUACAUAUCAUACUAUGUUCCAUUUUUCAAUUGGAUCGGUCAAUAUCGUUGGUCAUUCUUUCGAGGGGAUCUGAUAGCGGCAUUUACCGUGGCAUCUAUCUAUAUCCCCAUGGCAUUGUCAUUAUCAUCCAAUCUCGCGCAUGCACCCCCUAUCAACGGUCUUUACUCCUUCGUGGUCAGCCCCUUCAUAUAUGCAAUUCUUGGAAGCAGCCCUUUGCUGGUAGUUGGCCCAGAAGCAGCCGGAUCGCUGCUCGUUGGAACGAUCGUGAAAACCAGCGUCAAACAAGGGCAGUCACACGAGGAUAAUGGAGCUGAAAAUGCUAUUGUCGUGGGUGUAGCCACUGCGCUGGCGGGUUCGAUGAUACUGAUCGCCGGAUUGACUCGUUUGGGAUUCCUGGACAACGUCUUGAGCCGUCCUUUCUUGAGGGGAUUUAUCACUGCUAUUGGCUUUGUGAUUUUUGUGGAUCAGUUGAUUCCGGAAGCUGGACUGGCGGACAAGGCAAAAGACGCUGGAGUGAGUCACGGCACCACAGUGGACAAGCUGAUCUUCUUCUUCCGAAAUGUCAGAUACUGCCAUGGACUCACAGCCGCAGUGUCCUUUAGCAGUUUCGCUAUCAUAAUGGUUUUUCGAACUCUGAAAAAGAAAAUUCAACCACGCUAUCCUCAAGUCGCGUAUUUUCCGGAUCGUAUUUUGGUGGUCAUACUGUCCGCAAUUCUAACGUGGCAUCUUGGUUGGGAUGAGAAAGGGCUUGAGAUACUGGGCGCCAUGAAAGAUAACGGGAAUGGGGUUCUCGUUUUUAAAUGGCCAUUCACUGAGAUGAAGCAUGUGCGUACUGCGAUGAGCACCUCUUUUAUCAUUGCACUGCUUGGCUUCUUCGAGUCCUCCGUGGCCGCCAAAGGACUCGCUCAGAACAGAGAAGAUGGGGUGAAGGGUAUGACAGUUAGUGCUAACAGAGAGAUGGUGGCUCUUGGUGUGGCGAAUGUCCUUGGCGGGUGCUUCAUGGCCCUCCCUGCAUUUGGUGGGUAUGGGAGAAGCAAAGUUAAUGCUUCUACCGGCGCCCGAAGCCCCAUGAGUAGUAUCUUCGUGAGCAUCAUCACCCUUGUGAGCAUCCUAGUGCUUCUACCCUAUCUUUAUUAUCUGCCGAAAGCGGUCUUGUCCUCAAUGAUUUCCGUCGUCGCUUUCUCACUAAUCGAGGAGUGUCCUCAUGAUGUAGCUUUCUUCAUUCGCCUCCGUGGAUGGUCAGAGCUGGCUCUGAUGAUCCUCAUCUUCGCUUCGACGAUUUUCUAUUCCCUGGAGCUGGGCAUUGCGCUGGGCAUCGGGCUUUCUGUCCUCAUCUUGAUUCGACACUCCACACAAUCGCGUAUUCAGAUCUUGGGAAAAGUAUCUGGGACUGGUCGAUUCGAUAAUGCCGAACUUCACCCCGAGGACGUCAAAUCGAUCGAAGGAGCCCUGGUCAUCAAGAUACCGGAGCCUCUCACUUUCGCCAAUACCGGCGACCUCAGGAACCGUCUCCGCCGACUGGAAUUGUAUGGUUCGAGCCGCGUGCACCCAUCUCUGCCCCGAAUGCGUUCCCCAGAACAUAAUAAAAACAUCAUUUUCGACGUACACGGUGUCACGAGCAUAGACGGUUCUGGGACACAGGUCCUUUUCGAGAUUGUGAAAGACUACGCAGAUAUCGGGACCAGAGUAUUCUUCUGCCGCCUCCCCAACCGCGACGUCUUCCGAAUGUUCGAAAAGAGCGGUAUUGUGCAGCAAGCUGGAGGAAUGACGCAUUUCGUUUCCAGUGUGGAUGAAGCACUGCGGCUUGCUGAAUCGGAGCAUCGAAUAACGGAAAGCUGA